GCAGACUCCUCCCCCUCUGGAAACCUCAUCCCUAGGGCUGAGAAUGACUCUGGCUCUGCGCGGGUAGUCAGUCACCAGUUGACCCAGUGCGGCGUGGGAUUGCAGCCCGCAUACCGUGGGGCUUGCGACCCAGGUUUCGCAGCCGAGACACCGUGGGACCCGUGAUCCUGUGUUUGCAGCGGGAACAUUUCGGGUCUGUGAUCCGAGUGGGGACGCGACGCAGAGGCUGAGGAUGAGCACCGCGGAUCUGAUGCUACGCUGGGCCAUCGCCCUGCUCCUGGCUGCUGCUGGAGUUGCAGCAGAAGAUUCGUGUGGCAAGAACGAGUUCCAGUGUAGAGACGGAAAAUGCAUCGUCAGCAAGUGGGUAUGUGACGGCAGCCGCGAGUGCCCGGAUGGCUCCGAUGAGUCCCCUGAGACAUGCAUGUCUAUCACCUGUCGAUCCGAUGAGCUCAGCUGUGGAGGCCGCGUCAGCCGAUGCAUUCCUGACUCCUGGAGAUGUGAUGGGCGGACCGACUGUGAAAAUGGCUCGGAUGAACUAGACUGCUCCCCCAAGACGUGCUCCCUGGACGAGUUCCGCUGCCAGGAUGGCAAGUGCAUCUCCCGGCAGUUUGUGUGUGACCAAGACUGGGAUUGCCUGGACGGCUCUGACGAGGCCCACUGUGCGGCCACCACUUGUGGUCCUGCUCACUUCCGCUGCAACUCCUCUUCGUGCAUCCCCAGCCUGUGGGCCUGCGACGGGGACCGGGACUGUGACGAUGGCUCCGAUGAGUGGCCGCAGAACUGCGGGGGCCGAGACACGGCCGCUGAGGCGGUCAGCAGCCCCUGCUCCUCCCUCGAGUUCCACUGUGGCAGUAGUGAGUGUAUCCAUCGCAGCUGGGUCUGUGACGGUGCGGCCGACUGCAAGGACAAGUCGGACGAGGAGAACUGCGCGGUGACCACCUGCCGACCUGACGAAUUCCAGUGUGCAGAUGGCUCCUGUAUUCACGGUAGCCGCCAGUGUGACCGUGAACAUGACUGCAAAGACAUGAGCGACGAGCUUGGCUGCAUCAAUGUGACACAGUGCGAUGGCCCUGACAAAUUCAAGUGCCACAGUGGGGAGUGCAUCAGGUUGGACAAGGUGUGCAACUCCGCCCGGGACUGUCGAGACUGGUCGGAUGAGCCCAUCAAGGAGUGCAAGACCAACGAGUGCUUGGACAACAAUGGUGGCUGUUCCCACAUCUGCAAGGACCUCAAGAUUGGCUAUGAGUGCCUAUGUCCCAGCGGCUUCCGGCUGGUGGACGGCCACCAGUGUGAAGACAUUGACGAGUGUCAGGAGCCAGACACCUGCAGCCAGCUCUGUGUGAACCUGGAGGGCAGCUUCAAGUGCGAGUGUCGGGCCGGCUUCCACAUGGACCCUCACACCAGGGUCUGCAAGGCUGUGGGUUCCGUAGGGUUUCUGCUCUUCACCAACCGCCAUGAGGUACGGAAGAUGACCCUGGACCGCAGCGAGUAUAUCAGCCUGAUCCCCAACCUGAAGAAUGUGGUGGCGCUGGACACUGAGGUGGCCAACAAUAGAAUUUACUGGUCGGACCUGUCCCAGAAAAAGAUCUACAGCGCCGUGAUGGACCAGGGCCCCAGCUUGUCCUAUGAUGCCAUCAUCAGUGGGGACCUGCACGCCCCUGACGGGCUGGCGGUAGACUGGAUCCAUGGCAACAUCUACUGGACGGAUUCAGUUCCGGGCACCGUUUCCGUGGCCGACACCAAGGGUGUCAGGAGGAGAACUCUGUUCCGAGAGAAAGGGUCCAGACCCAGAGCCAUCGUAGUGGACCCUGUGCAUGGCUUCAUGUACUGGACAGAUUGGGGGACACCUGCCAAGAUCAAGAAAGGGGGCUUGAAUGGUGUAGACAUCUACUCUCUGGUGACCGAGGACAUCCAGUGGCCAAAUGGCAUCACACUAGAUCUUCCCAGUGGCCGCCUCUAUUGGGUUGAUUCCAAACUCCACUCCAUCUCCAGCAUCGAUGUCAAUGGGGGUGGUCGGAAAACCAUUUUGGAGGAUGAGAAGCAGCUAGCUCACCCCUUCUCCUUGGCCAUCUAUGAGGACAAAGUGUAUUGGACAGAUGUCUUAAAUGAAGCCAUUUUCAGUGCCAAUCGCCUCACGGGUUCAGAUGUGAAUUUGGUGGCUAAAAACCUCAUGUCCCCGGAGGACAUUGUCCUGUUCCACAACGUCACCCAGCCUAGAGGGGUAAACUGGUGUGAGGCAACGGCUCUCCCCAAUGGUGGCUGCCAGUACAUGUGCCUGCCUGCCCCUCAGAUCAGUGCCCACUCACCCAAGUUCACCUGCGCUUGCCCUGAUGGUAUGCUGCUGGCCAAGGACAUGAGGAGCUGCCUCCCAGAAGUCGACACUGUACCGACCACCCAGGGGACAUCCACCGUUGGGCCUGUGGUCACCACAUCAGCUGCUGUGUCGCUGAAGCGCAAGGAGGAUCCCUCAGCUACCAGGCACAAGGAGGAUCCCUCAGCUACCAGCGCCUCUAGGCAGCCUGGGGAUACCCCAGAGCUCAGCACAGCAGAGUCGGUGACAGUGUCCUCCCAAGUCCAAGGUGACAUGGCUGGCAGAGGGGAUGCGGUGCAGCGGCACGGUGUGGGGUUCUUGUCCAUCUUCCUCCCCAUUGCACUGGUGGCCCUCCUUGUCUUCGGGGCCAUCCUCCUGUGGAGGAACUGGCGGCUGAGGAACAUUAACAGCAUAAACUUUGACAACCCAGUCUACCAGAAGACCACGGAGGACGAGAUCCACAUUUGCCGAAGCCAGGAUGGCUACACCUACCCCUCGAGACAGAUGGUCAGCCUGGAGGAUGAUGUGGCAUGAACAGCUGGGGGAAGCCAUCUCUUUCCGGGAUCCGCUGCCACCCUUAGGCAGGAAGGACACUUUCUCACACCUCCCCGCCCUGCACUGGUCCUUCCACCUCAGUGGUCUCUGUGUUGCUCAAAGCAAGAUAAGAGCAAAACUGGGCUGGGGCCAAGCCCAGCGGCCUGUCUGCCCCGGGUCCUGUUUUAUAUAUUUAUUGUCUGGGGACAGAAAAGGCUACUGGCCAUGCUCCAGAUGGGAAUUCUGCCUGGUAUUUUUUUUUUUUUUUAUUCCGAUCUUUCUUUCCUUGGAAGACAAAGAGGCUGCCCCAGCAGCUUUGGAAUUCUCCUCUUUUCAACACUAACGCCGAGGAAGAAGAGACCCACCCAGAAGGAGGGUGUUGUUCUGAAUAUGAGACAGCAGGUACUAGUGACAGGGUCCCAGGGACCUUAGCCAAUCCCUAAACUCAGGACUACCUGCAUUGACUUUCACCCCGAGAGCCUGACUCUGCCACCCCCGGCAGAAGCCAGGAAAGUGACUUGUGGCAUUUGGUACUGAUCUUGGGGUCAGCAGCUGCCAAUGACUGAUGCCUCCUCAUGCCUUUGCCAAAACGUCACCCGUUCCUGGAGGGACAAGCCUGAGCCGCCAUUCCCCCUUAAUAUUUAUGAAGUGCCUGAGACAUCUGCUUGCCUUGCUCAGGAGUCCUGGCCUGUGCCGUGUAAGUGUCCUGCUCAGGGGUGGCCAUGGAGACCUCUGCCUCGUGCCCAGCCCCUGCUGUCCAUGGGAGAUUUGCACUUCACGUCUCUCUGCGCACUUUUCCCGUUGGGCACCCACGUGGCCCGCGUCUGUACUCCUAGGUUGCACUGUUUGGUGGUGUGUUGGAUGGAACCUCCGGCCAGAGGUGGCCCCGAAUCACUCACUACAGAAGACAAUUGCCAGGCCCCAAGCACCCAUUGCCUUCUCCGGUGCUGGGCAGAUCUCAGGGCCUCGUUUGUUUGUUUGUUUGUUUGUUUGUUUACGUUAAACCUCUGCCUGGCAGUUUCUGAUUGAACUGCAGAGUUGUUCCGCUCCUCUGGUAACAGUGACUCAACGCGUCUUUCUCACAAGAGACUCUCUUUCCUGGCUUGGCUGGGCGUGGUGGGGUAUACCUGUCAGCACUGGGAGCCUAAGGCAGGUGGGUUGCCAGAAUAGGCCAGCCUGGCUGACAUAAAGGAAAGGAGGGAGGGAGGGACAUGGACAGAGACGGACGGACGACAGACAGACAGACAUGCAUGGUUUUUCAGCCCUAAUCAGCCAGCCAGGUGUGGUAGCACUUUGCUUUAAUCCACAAGAAGCAGAGGCAGACACACAACUGAGAUCCAAGCCAGCCUGGGCUACAUAGUGAGACCUCAUAUAUCUAAAAACCAAAAGAAAUCCCAUAAUCCAGGCUAUUUGGGGGAACUUGGAAGAAUACUUAGAAAUGGCUGUGGAUUUGUCACACGGGUGACCCUUGCUUGGGUACCUGGGGUGCCCACUGUCCAGCCACUAGGACACUUGUAAGGAGCUCUGUGCUAUGGCACCGGGCCCGGUCUUCACUGUAUAUUCAAGGAUAGCACACAUAUAUAUUAACUCUAUUUAUUUUGCUGACCCUGACUGCUGCACUUGUCGGUGACGUUUCUCCAGGUUAGGCUGGGGUGAUACUCUGGGAUGCUCUGCGUACAAAGAUUAUUUGAAUGAACUGAUCUCAGGCCUGUCCUGUGUGUGUUGCUUUGGGGGUGGGAACUGCUUUGAAACCCUUGUUCGGAUGUUUUUAUAGGCUGAGAAUGUCUUGCUGUGAUGGAUUAAAUUCCUUUUUGAAAACUU